AUGGGGCGCUGGGCCGCCGCCGCCGCCUCCUUCCUGUCCGUGGGGGCUCAGGCACAGGCUCUGAGCCUAUAUACCGACCUGCGCAUGUUCAAUAAGGCACAGGAACUAGUAACAGACAGUGCGGGCGGCUUAGCACUGGCGCGGCGGCGCGCGGAGUGGGCGCGCCACGCCGGGUCCCCGAGCGCCCCGGCCAUGUUCCUGGCGUGCGGCGACGUGCCUCGCGCGGCCGAGCUGCUGCAAGCCGCCCAGCGCCCCGCACAAUUAAUCGAGCUAUCCCGCAAACUGGAACUAGGAUCAAGGGACGCGCUGCGCCACGUCGCCGGCGCUCUGGAGGCCGUGGGCGAGCGCGCCGCCGCCGCCGCCGUCUACGAGCGACUCGCCGACUACAAAAAAGUGGCCGAGCUAGCGGUGGCAGCCGGCGAUUGGGACCGCGCCUUCUCUCUAGCUGAAGAGCGGAGUGAAGUCCGGCGACUAGUCUACUUACCGUACGCACUUCACUGCGCACAACGGAACAUGUUCGUGGAGGCGCAGCAAGCCUACCACAUGGCGGGCGAGACCGUCACAGCGAUGCGGGUGUUCUCCAUACUAGUGGACAACGCCGUGCUAGAACAACGACACAGUGACGCCAGCUACUUGCACCAGCUACUGGCACGCCGCUGCCUCGCGCCUGACAACCCAUCACACUCCAUGUCCUCCUACCAACACAACCUAUGGCUGGCGCAAGUGUACCACGCGUACGACGCGGUGCACCGCUGCGCACACGAGCCCUUCUCGCUCAGCGCGCCGGACAGCCUGCUCAACGCCGCCAGGUAUGUGUCUUCUUCUUCUUACUAGCCUUAUUAUCUAUUUUUAAUCUCAGAUUCUGAACGGCUCACCAACCGUCGAUUGUCCUGCCAAUAGAAC